AUGGUGGACGGGAAUUGCGUAUUGAACGUGCCGCGGCUGCGGUGGGCGUUCCGCGGGAGCGAGACGGUGUCGUCGGCGGCGGCGGAGGGCGGUGGUCGGAUACGCGUCUCGUGGGACCUACACAAUUGGCUCUUCCGCCUCCCCGACGAUUCCGCGCCGCCGCCGACGGCGUUCGGAGACGCCGGGGACGCGGUUUUCGUGUUCCGAUUCGAGCAGGACGGGGACGGGGACACUAACGAGAAUUGCGGUACAGGUGAAGGGCAUUUUCAAAAAAAGGGCGGGGAUUUCGCAGAGCGAGGGUAUUUUGGGAAGAGGAAUAGAAAGAAUUGGAGUGAGAGCGGUGGUUGCAACAAUAGUAGUAAUAGCAGUAGUAGGGGGAGAAGGAAAAAGAGCUUGUUGAAGGCGACGUCGUCGUCGUCGUUGUCAUCCUCUAACUCUACUUCGAGUACUCCUACGACCACCUCGCCUUGUCCCAAUGCGCCGUCGCCACCGGCAGAGAAAUCGGGCAGCGGUCUAAAGAAGGGCGGUAAGAACAGCUGUAAACGAGAAGCGGACGCAGUCGGCGGGGGCGGGGGCGGGGGCGGGGAGAGCAAGCAGAAGCGGAGCAAGGAGGGGAAGCACCCGGUGUACCGCGGGGUGCGGAUGCGGAACUGGGGGAAGUGGGUGUCGGAGAUCCGCGAGCCGAGGAAGAAGUCGAGGAUAUGGCUCGGCACCUUCCCCACCGCCGAGAUGGCGGCGCGCGCCCACGACGUGGCGGCGCUGACCAUCAAGGGCCAGUCGGCGCACCUCAACUUCCCCGAGCUGGCCCCCGCCCUCCCCCGCCCCGCCACCGCCUCCCCCAAGGACAUCCAGGCCGCCGCCGCCCUCGCCGCCGCAUUUCCCGCCGCCGGCGACGACCUGCCGGACCUCCUCCUCGACUUGAGAGACGGCUUCUGGUUUCCGUCGUCGUGGGAGGAUGAGGAGGACGGCGGCGGCGGCGAGUUCCGGUUUGAGGAGCCGCUCCUGUGGGAGUACUGCUAGAGCUUACAAACGCACGUACGUGAGAUCGAGCUGCAUGGGUGGUGCAUGGUUAGUUCUGAAAUUAACUAUCAUGAUCACAAUUUUAAGCGCAGAGAGGAAUUCAAGGUACACAAGGAAGAUGAUCGCAUGAAUUGUCCAAACACUGCAUGCCCAAAUCUUCUCCUGCUUCUUUUUGGCCUUUCCAAGUUCAAAAUGUGAGGGUUCUCUGCAACAACAACAACAACAACAAAAAAAAAAAGAAAAAAAAGAAAAAAAAAAAGACUACUUCAUGUAUAAACUCUACAAGAUAGUACUGUAGGCGCUGUUAAUUUAUGUAUAAAAUAUAUCAAUCUCCCUAAAUGUGUUUGGUUUGAUGAA